GAAUGUAGAAAAAAUAAAAUAAACUAAAAUUAUGUUCGCAAAGUAAUACAUAGAGGGCAGUAGACUACUUUGCCAGAAAGAAAUUAUCAUCAAAAUGGCAGCCACCAGUGCAGAGCUCGAGAAAGAUGGACUCCUCACCCAGUUUAUUGGCGUUACUGGGGCGGAAAGGGAAAGAGCUUCGUUCUUUCUUGAGUCGUCAGGAUGGAAGUUGGAGGUGGCGCUAGAGAGUUUCUAUGAUAACUCAGAUGACAUGGUUACUGAUCCACCAAGCAGAGACCCUCCCUCUGAAAGACAGCCUGAACCCCCUAGGGUUGAACCACCUCCUGCAGCUCAGCCACAGGGAGGAGGCAAAGCUAAAGGAUCAGCCCCAAAAGGAAGAGGAGGAAGCAGCAGUCGUAUAGCCACUCUGGGUGACUAUUCAUCUAAGAAAGCCAAUGAUGACAGUGAUGAAGAAGGACAAGCCUUCUACGCGGGUGGACCAGAGCAUGGCAGCGGUCAGCAGGUGGUCGGUCCCAAGAAGAAGAAGGUGGAAUCGGACAGUCUCGUCAAAGACAUCUUCAAACAGGCUAAAGAGCAUGGUGCAGAGGAGGUAGCCGGUGGCAGCCCUUCAACAUCCCAGCCAAGAAACACCUCAAGAGCCUUCAGGGGUGCCGGCUACAGACUAGGGGAAUCUCCCCAGGAACCUGUGGUACCAGUACCAGGCACCUCCGGUACAAUGCCUGGUCCCAAGCCAAGAGAGAGGCAUGUAGUUCUUAAGAUGUGGAAGACUGGUUUUAGUAUUGAUGAUGGUGAACUCAGAGAUUAUAGGGAACCACAGAAUGAUGCCUUCCUCAAAGCUAUCAUGAAAGGAGAGAUCCCAGAUGAGCUGCUGCAGCUGGGGAAGGGAGGUGAGGUGAGCCUAGAUCUAGAAGACCAUCGGAGCGAGGAGUUCACUAGACCCAAGCAGAGCACCAAAGCUUUCACUGGACAUGGUGUUAUGUUGGGCAGUCCCACACCGACCAUGAACCCAGGAGCGCCUAGUGGGCAGUCUCAAGGGACUCCAUCACAACAGUCAUCAGGUGCAGCAGCAGCCCCGGCAGCUUCGAUAGAUGUCGACCCUAACCAACCUACUACAACCCUGCAGCUCAGAUUAGCAGAUGGUUCCAGACUUACAGGAAAAUUCAACCACUGUCACACAGUCGGAGACAUCAGGAAUUUCGUCACUGCAUCAAGACCCCAGUAUAGCGGACAAUCCUUCAACCUCUUGACAACAUUUCCAAAUAAGACUCUCACCGACACCAGCCAGACGAUAGAGGGCGCCAAACUAAUGAAUGCGGUCAUUGUCCAACGGUUGACGUAGCUUUUGGUUUAUUUAUUAUUUGUGCUUUAGUUCACGUUUUUGUCUCUGGAGAGACGAUGUGCAUGUUUUGUUGUAUUAGAAUUUCAAACAUAUAGAUAUGUUAUGGUGUCAUGAAAUGAUAACAAACUUGUUUUCAAAUUCAUUUUUAUACAUAGCCAGCAAGAGGGGUAUUAUCGUGUAGGAUUAACUACAUUUCUUACCCCAAUGCCUACAGGAACAGGGUCGUUUCUGUACUAAGCCUAUAGGAAUGAGACCGGUCAAUAGACAGUGGGUUCAGGCUCGUUCAGAUUUGAUGCAGUUAACCACAUCUUUGUUUUUUCGUAGUUUUUUUAUGAGUCAGCUUGUACUCCCUCACAUCUUAGUAUCUUAUUAAAUUUACACAGAAAAGGAGUAUGUGAAUUAUGUUCCUUUUCACCUCUGCGACCUUUGACCGUUGACCAGUUUACUCAAAAUCUGAUCAGAGCAUCUUCCUAUAUGGUGAUACAUACUAUCACCAAGUUUGAGCCUCGUAUUUGCCUCUGUCAGAUGUGA